AUGGAGAAGGCGGCGGUGGCACAAGCCCCGGACGCCGAGGCGGCGUCGGCGGCAGCACGAGCCCUGGACGCGGAGGCGGCGUCGACGGCGCGAGCCCCCGACGCGGAGGUGGCCGCCAUGUUUCACCACCUUGUGCUCGCCACAUCUCGCAACCAUCACGAGGGCGAGAACAGCCGGCGCGAGCGCGACCACCUGGACCACCUCCACAACAUCCUCGCCUGCGACCACGAGGCAUCUGGAGGGAAACUGAGGUUUGCCAUGUACUUCUUAUUUGGGUACUCCACAGGUGGAGCUAUUGUUUUGGAGGGAAUUGAUGAUAAAGUUAUCACAGUGGUUUUUCUUAAAGGUGGCACUGAGUUUACAGCCAUCGUGGUUGAUGUUGGGACUGCUAACAACAGUGAUCUUGUUUUGCUUCCAACAAAACUCACCAACUAA